AUGCGUCCGCUCACUGAACAAGAAACCAAGGUCCUCUUCACAAAAUUGGCCAACUACACUGGCAGCUCUCUCAAGAACCUCAUCACCCCCCUAGACAAUGGCGACCGCUUCUGCUUUCGCUUGAACAGAGACCGUGUCUACUACGUCCUACAGUCCAUUGCCAACCUAGCAACCUCGUUUCCUCGCGACAAGCUUUUGUCCCUGGGGACUUGUAUUGGCAAGUUUACAAAGUCCGGCAAGUUUCGCCUCCACAUUACCGCUCUAGAGGUUCUUUCCGAGCACGCCCGUUGGAAGAUUUGGGUGCGCCCCAAUGGAGAAAUGCCCUUCCUUUAUGGCGGCAACGUCGUCAAGGCCCACGUUGGCAGAUGGUCGGACGACUGUCCCGAGCAUCAGGGGGUAGUCGUGUACAAUAUGAACGACACGCCGCUGGGCUUUGGCAUCACGGCGAGAAGUACCGCUGAGGCUCGGCGCUUGGACCCGACUGGCAUCACAUGCUUCAGACAGGCCGAUUGUGGAGAGUACUUGCGCGAUGAAGAUAACCUGUUUGCUACGACGUAG